CGUGCCCCUCCAUGCCAAAACUCCAUGGUCACAGUCGGUCUAAAAUCAAUUGUAACCUUUCAACCUAACCCAAGAACGUGUCCUUGUAACCGGACAGGCUUGCGAUUCUCGAAAAAGUGCGAAUAUUAUUCCGGCUUCACAACUUCUUAUACGCCUGAACCAACUAUUCUGCGCACUGAUACCCACAACUUAAAAUCACACAAACAUGUCGUCUGAAAACGUCGACGCCGCCGCCAACACGGCCGAGCUUCCCGUUCGUCCAGCCAAACAACCAAAGGAGAAGAAGGAUAAGACCCCAAAGGGUGGAAAGGGCGCCAGUCUUGAGCUUGCUGAACGUCCCGAGUUUAUUCAACACCGUCUCAAUGUUUUCGAUAGAGUUAAGGCUAAGCGCGCGGAGGAACUAGCCGCUAAGCCGCGCGAGGAGAUCACCGUCUCACUCCCUAACGGCUCGGAACAGAAGGGCACGUCUUGGGAGACCACGCCUGGUAGCAUUGCUAGAGCGCUCUCCAAGUCCCUCUUUGAGCGCACGGUCAUCUCACGGGUUGACGGCGAACUCUGGGACCUUACGAGACCACUUGAGAAGAGCUGCAAGCUUGAACUUCUGGAUUUCGAGCACACGGAAGGAAAGAAGGUCUUCUGGCACUCCGCUGCCCAUAUUCUCGGUGAAGCUGCUGAGAGACGCUUUGGCUGCUACCUCUGCAACGGUCCUCCCACGGAGAACCCCCCUGGCUUCUACUAUGAUAUGGCCAACAUGGAAGGCCAAGUUAUUACUGACGACGAUAAGAAGGCUCUCGAGAACCUCUCCAACUCGAUUGUCAAGGAGAAGCAGCCCUUUGAGCGUCUUGAACUGUCCAAGGAUGAACUUUUGGAAAUGUUCAAAUACAGCAAAUAUAAGGAGUACUUUAUCAACCAGCGCGUGCCGGAUGGAACCCUCAGCACGGUGUACCGCUGCGGUCCCUUAAUCGAUCUUUGCCGUGGUCCUCACGUCCCUACCACGGGUAACAUCAAGGCUUUUGCCGUCCUCAAGAACUCUGCCGCCUACUGGCUCGGUGAUAGCAAGAACGAGUCUGUCCAGCGAAUCUCCGGUAUUGCUUUCCCCGACAAGAAGGCCCUUGAAGAGCACAAGGCUUUCCUUGCUGAGGCCGCUCUCCGCAACCACAGAAAGAUUGGUCAAGAUCAGAAGCUCUUCUUCUUCGACGAAGUUUCGCCAGGUUCUGCCUUUUUCUUGCCCCAUGGCACCCGCAUCUACAACGCUCUCGUCGACUGCAUCAAGGGCGAAUACCGCAAGCGUGAUUUCCAGGAAGUUGUUACGCCCAACAUGUACAAGUCCGAUCUGUGGAAGACGUCUGGUCACUGGGCCAAGUACCAGGAGAACAUGUUCGUCUUGGAGGUCGAGAAGGAGCAAUUCGGUCUCAAGCCCAUGAACUGCCCUGGCCAUUGCCGCAUGUUCGCCCACUCUGACAUGAACUUCCGUGAUCUUCCCUGGCGUGUCGCCGAUUUCGGUGUCAUUCAUCGUAACGAGUUCUCCGGUGCUCUCUCUGGCCUUACGCGUGUGCGUAGAUUCCAGCAGGAUGAUGCUCACAUCUUCUGCACGGUCGAUCAGAUCCGUGAGGAAAUCGAAAGCUGCUUCGACUUUUUGAGCGCUGUUUACGGCCUCUUCGGCUUCCAGUUCAAGUUGUUCCUGUCCACGAGACCCGAGAACUACAUUGGUGAGUCCAAGGUCUGGGAUGUUGCUGAGGGUAAGCUCCGCGAGGCUCUUGACAACUGGACGCAACAAGUCGGUUCUACGUGGGAAGAGAACCCUGGAGAUGGUGCUUUCUACGGUCCUAAGAUUGAUAUCACUGUCUUUGAUGCUCUUCGCCGUAGCCACCAGUGCGGUACGAUCCAGCUUGACUUCAACUUGCCCCAGCGCUUCAAGCUCCGUUAUGUCGCCUCCAAGGACGACAGUGGUGCUGCCCAGAACAACGACGAUCCCGAUCUGCCUGCUGGCUACGCCCGCCCCGUCAUGAUUCAUCGUGCUGUUCUCGGCAGUUUGGAGCGUUGCAUUGCCAUUCUUACUGAGCACUUUGCUGGCAAGUGGCCAUUCUGGAUGAGCCCUCGCCAGAUUCUCGUCGUGCCCAUCAUGCCUGCUGUCAACGACUAUGCCACUGAGGUUCAGCAGCUCUUUAAGUCCAACGGCUUGUACUGUGACGCAGAUCUCAGUGCCAACACCUUCCAAAAGAAGAUCCGUACGGGCCAGCUCGAACAGUACAAUUUCAUCUUUGUCGUCGGCGCCGAAGAGGCUAAGUCUCGCACGGUGAACAUUCGCAACCGUGAUGAUCAGGCCACGCAGACCAAGGGUGAACUGAUCCCUCUGCAAGACGCCCUUGAAGCCGCCAUGAAGCUCAAGGCCGAGAGACGACGCGUCAACAAGUUCUAAACGAGGCUACCGAUAAUGUGGCGCGGAAGAGAAUGUUUUUUGAGGACUGUUAGCAAGAGGGGUAGCCAAGGUGGCUGGGACAACGUGCGUUUCUUGUCUCCUUUCGCGUGAGAUAUUGUCUGUUUCAGACCGCCGCUAUUCUUGCCGAUUAAGCUUGUGCAUGGGGCCCUGUUGUGUGGUCUGGUGUGUCGAUUGGGGGGGCGUGGAGUCUAUCGGGGCAUAAAAAAGAAUGGGAAAUGAGGGUGACAAAAAAGCGCAUAUGAAAGUUGGCGUGUACGUACUAAUACAUACUUACUGCGUCGUCAGAUCGUGAAAUUUCAUUGGCUUAUAUACGCAAAUAUGACGUCUCUUAAACACGUGCCUGUUACCGCCGUCCGUCGUUGGUGGUUUUGCUCGUAUAUGCUUAUUUCUGGUAUUGGUCUAGGCAAGGCAACAAAGCUCUUAUUGUACACCCAGGUUUCUGGAGGUGCAUGGAACUCGUAAUCGUAGCCUCCAGUCUAGGUUUCGGCAUUGGGCAAAAUAAUACAGCCUGCAUAUGCGAGUUUCACCGCACAACGGUCAAAAGGGGCGUCAUCCAUGUGGAAAGAGCAGCGAUUAAUGAGCGCCGUUGCAGCCUCACGGCGGCUCAUAUGAGAUCAGCACCGUUGCAUCACAUUUUCGCCGUGGCUGGCGGUUGAAAGCCCGCAUAUCAUAAGAGAGGAAAGACAGCCCGUUGGAAAUUGCUUACAAUACUGGCGAUCCGUGGCGC